UGACUAAAAGUGACGUAAGUAAGUAAUCGUUUUCCGCUUCUGUGUUCACCAGGAAAAUGACUACGUGCGUCUGGCGCGGCACUCGUGGGAGGUGCUGUGGACGUACAUCACCAGCCCAGAGUCCGACUGGAAGUCAGAGUCCGGGUCGAGCAUCGAGGCGGGCGUGGUCCACAGCAAGAAGGUCAAGGGCGUCGGGAAGGUGUUCCGUCUCACCACUUUGAUCGAGUGGUCCCCCAAGGCCACUUAUGAGGCCGUCAACUUCCAACCAGAGACUCAGCCACAGUGGAACUCGGCCCUCAAGGAGUCACAGGUACUUCAAAUGGUGGAUGACAACACCGACAUCUUGUACAACAUCGCGGCCGAGGUGGCGGGCGGCGUGAUCACAUCACGGGACUUUGUCAGUCUCCGCACCUGGGGGCAAAGGGAGGGAAUGUACAUCUCUGCCGGCAUGGGGGUCAACCAUCCUGACAAACCGCCGCAGAAAGCCUACGUCAGGGGCAAAAACGGCGUGGGAGGCUGGGUGUAUAAGCCUGUGGAGGGAGAGCCGAACAAAUGCCUGUUCCUUUGGUUCAUGAACACCGACAUAGGGGGUUGGUUUCCCCAAAGGCUCAUCGACGUGAACAUGGCCAAAGUCCUUAUGGAUUUCAACCGAGAUCUACAAGCUCACGUGAGAGAGCUCAAAAGCAGCAGGUCUGAACCCUAGCCUAUCGGCCCAGCUACUACUAGACUGACCACCUGAACACACAUCAUCUGUCGGUGUGACUCGACGCUGUGUUUGGGUUUUUUUUUUCUCCUCUGAUAUUGAGCCACUUGAGGAUUUCCUCCAUGCCAGCCCUUUGAGGGUGACUGAGAUGUUAUUUUCUUUACGGACUCUUGCUGCUGUGUGACUCGAUUGGUGUGUGUUCGAGCCUUCUCUAUUUCGGCAUGGACACCAUCUGUACAUUUCUGUUUACCUUAUGAUGCAUGCCGUUGCGAGCACCGUGUAAAAAAAUACCUUUUACCAAACUGAAACAUUUCUGUUUUUCACAACCGGAUAAUUCUGUGGAUAAUUCCGUUGUAUACAACCGAUGCUUUGU